AUGGACACCUUUGAGUGCCCCCUUUGCGAUGCAGAUCGUGAAGACUACCGGGACAAAUCACUGCAAUGGAUCGUGGAUGCUCAGAACCAGGACUGGAUGCGGGUGUCAGUCUUGAUAUCUGCGUUGCUUGCCGACUCACGGUUUUCUCGGUCUCGAAAACCUCGAAUCUAUUUCGCAAAUGUGAUUCGGAGAAUUGCGAAUCACAUCAACGACGAGGCCUUCCUUAACGUGUCGCAGGGCAUGCCGGGCCAAUGGUAUUUGAAGUCCCUGCACAGUUCCAUCCGAGAGCUGCAACAGGCAGCCGCUCGGGGUAUAAGUCCGUUCCUGCGCGAAGACCUGCCUGGCGAAUUGUCCAGGAACAACAGGCUAUGCACGCUGAAUUACUUGAAGUCGCUUUCAGCGCGCGGUGCACUCCGAGAUCAAGAAGCGCUCAUAUUUUCAUGGGGACAGGUUGCUCGGGUUUGCGGAGAAGAGGAGCUGAAUAUAGCGCUGCUACAGCUGGUAGAAUAUCUGGGACAUUCACAUGUUCUGGUAUCUGCUAAUGCUUUCACGGAGCUUUUGAGCCUAGCAGCGGACAAAGAAUGCUCCCCUGAACUGCUUUUUAAGCCCUUCUGGAGGAGCAUUGCUAUUACAGUUGUAAGAGACUUGCAUUCCCGGCCACAAAAGAUCCAGCAGCUCGCCGAGCUUCUUGGAUUUGGUGUGAACCAGUUCUUGUGGACAACACAAAUGGACACAGUUCCUUACCUGGUCCUUCUACGCAAGCGGGAUAUUCUGGAAAGGAUCGCAUCCGCCAGAGUGCAGGGCAAAUCCUUAGACCUGUACGAAAUUUGCCUACAAAAGGAGAACCUUUCUGUCAUACUGGCGCAUUUGCUGAUGCAACAUCCCGACGAUGCUGACAAAACUGCAACUGGAAUUCUUUCAGAGGUCGCGCCACAGUUCUCCAAAGAAUCGCUGUCGACGCUCAUCAACCUCGAACCGAUUCUGAUCGCUUGUGAGAUGUUCAAGCUUGCUGCUGAUAACAAUGCAACGGACCCUCGACUAGCCCCUGCGAUCCGUACUCUGGCAGUGCUUGCAGCGGAUCGUAAGGUUUCGAUUGCAUCCACAGCGAAAGGCGCCGAAAUCACUGAGAACUUUUUCGAGACCCAUAUCCUUGGGAUUAUGACCCAUUUCGCGGAUGUAAUCGGCUCACCCGUGGAAAGCCAAUCGAUUUCAGAGAAGAGACGAUGUUUGAAGGCGGUUGAAGCGAUGAUCCAAAUCGAACAAGUACUUGUCACCCAGGCAGUCCCUCAAAUACGGGCUUGCCUUCAGUCGGCACUUUCAAUCCAUCCUCUUCGGGACCAGGUGAUCCGUGCGUGGGCAACGUUUGUAUGCAAUUUGGGCGAGGCAGAUAUUGAACUAAUUCUUGAGCCAACCCUUGUGGUUGUUGUGCGGGAGUGGGCCUCUCUCUCGACAUCGACCCAAAAGCGGGUACAGGAUAUGAUACAGUUCCUCUUCAAGAGUCAUCGGGCCAUCAUCACGGAGAAAGCAGGCACUCUUCCCUCACUCGACGGAAUACCAGCUCUGUCCAAGUUCGCAAACGUGGUGAGGCCUUUCAAGGCACAGAUGGAUGCAAAGCAGGUUUUUGACAGUUUUGCGCGACGGUGCUCCGACGAAAAUGCCGCUGUUGUGGAACAGGCGCUUGUGGAAUUGAAAGAUGCGUUAGAGGCCCAUCAAGACUGGGUGCAACACUCGGUGAUGAGCCAGCAGCCAAGUCAAGUUAUCGCGGCUCUCUGCCGUUCUGUCCUGGACGCGUCGGUGAAAUUUGCAGAAGGCCACCCUCAGAUCUCGUCAUCGGCAGCUCAGUGCUUGGGCACGAUAGGCUGCUUUGACCCAAACAGAAUCGAUGCCGUUCGCGAAAAGAAGGAGGUCAUCCUCUUGACCAACUUCGGUCUGGCGGGGGAGGCCAGUGACUUUGUGGUUUUCAUGCUCGAAACCGUCUUGGUCCGGGCUUUCAAAUCGGCCACCAACGCGAGAGCUCAGAACUACCUUGCGUACGUGAUGCAAGAGCUCCUAAAAUUUUGCAACUUUCAAGAAGCUGCCAAGUACCGCUACAGAGGCAGUCAAGGACCAGCAAGUUACCAACGUUGGUUUCGGAUACCGGAACCCAUCCGGAUGACAUUGACUCCAUAUCUGACUUCUAGAUACCUCAUCACGCGCCCUGUUGCUCCUAUUCAACCCCACUCUUACCCCAUCUACCAUGAAGGAAUGACGCACGGAGCUUGGCUUCGGACAUUUACGUACGACUUGCUCCAUCGCGGCAAUGGGGCACAUGCUAAGCUCCUCUUCCCUGUGUUUUCGCGGGUGAUCCGUCAACACGAUCUUGCCAUCGCCGACUCUUUGCUGCAGUUUGUUGUCCUCAAUAUUGUGGUGGGCGGUAUCCAAAAGGAGGUGGAUGACAUACUGAAUGAGACCCUUACGAUACUGAAGUGGGAUAUCCGAGCAUCGGAUGCCGUCCAUGUCGAAGCCAUCAAGCUCUGUAGCGAGAAUAUAUUUCGGAUCCUUGACUACCUCUCCAGAUGGUUACAGGAGAAGAGGAAGAGGCUCACAGAACGAUCGAGCAGAGAUGCAUUGCGCAAUCCGGAUGUACGGAUCGAACAAAUAAUGAGCGGCGACCAGAUCGCCAGCGUUGAAAAAUUUCUCUCCUCUGUUCCUGCGGAAGUCAUAUCAGCGAGGGCUACCGAAUGCGGAUCCUAUGCACGAGCCUUGUUCCAUACCGAACAGUAUCUCCGAAAAAGGAAAGGAGGGAAGUUAUACGACGAGUCUCCUGAAGCCAGCGAUGACAAUAAUGAACUAUAUCAGCGGCUUCAGAAGCUAUAUGCGGCGAUAGACGAACCUGACGGCAUUGAAGGUAUCUCGGCGCAGUUACACGUGCUUGGCCCUGACCAACAGCUUCUCGAGCACAAGAAAGCCGGCCGGUGGACAGCCGUUCAAAGCUGGUACGAACUUGCAAUGGCAGAGAAGCCUGAUGACAUCGGCAUCAAAUUGAAUCUCUUGACAUGUUUAAGAGAAUCAGGCCGGUAUGAGGCUCUCCUGAAUCAUGCGAGCAUGAUGAUUGGGAGAGACAACUCUCAUGAUAAAUCGAUCCUACCUCUAGCAGCGGAAGCCGCCUGGGUCACUUCGAAUUGGGAGAAGCUUGAACACUUUCUCAGCACCGUGCCCACGGAUGGUCACUGGGAUUUCAAUGUUGGCAUCGGGAAGUCGUUGUUAGCUUUGGGGAAGUCGGAUGCUCAAGGGUUCCAAAACACUGUGACCGGGUUACGCGAAAACCUCUCCCGGAGGUUGACAUCCUCGAACACGGUAUCGCUACAGAGUUGCCAUGACAUCUUGCUAAAAUUGCAUUGUCUCUACGAGCUGCAGAGCAUAAGUGGCAGCCUAUCCGGAUCCUUGGAUGAUCAACGUCCCUUACUCCGGAGACUUGAUUCCAGGCUUGAGAUUUUAGGCUCUUAUACUUCCGAGAAGCAGUAUCUCUUAGGUAUCCGCAGGGCUGCAAUGCAAGUCUCGAGUUUGGAGUUCAGCCCAAGUCAACGAGCUAGACUUUGGCUGAAGAGUGCAAAAAUUGCCCGAAAAGCCGGUUCGAUCGACUCUGCUUACGACGCGGUCCUCCAUGCAUCUCGUCUCAAUAAUGAAGCUAGCAAGAUUGAACAUUCUCGGUUGCUGUGGGCUGAUGGGCACCACCGCAAAGCGAUCCAGAAUUUAGAGAGCGCCUUGGCUAUGGACAUUUUCCAUACGCGCGGUAAAGAAACCAUGGACGAUGAUAUCAUGGAUGUCGAUGCGCCAAAGGGCGCCCAGCAUGAUCUUCGUGCUAGCGCAACCCUGCUCCUAACCAAGUGGAUGGACAGCGCCGGCUCUACACGUUCCGAUGUGGUGGUCGAGAAAUAUCACACCGUCACUCACAGCUUCCCAUCCUGGGAAAAGGGCCAUUAUCACCUUGGUAAACAUUAUAACAAACAGCUUGACUCGCAGAGAAAGCUUCCUCCUGCCAAGCAAAGCGAGUCGUUUGUACGGGGGGAGCACUGGAGGCUUGUCAUCGAAAACUACGUCCGAUCGAUGCAAUAUGGAUCAAGACACCUCUACCUUACAUUGCCGAAGGCACUGACAUUGUGGCUUGAUCUCGGGGCCACUGCGCACACUCUGCAAGUAGAGAAACGGAAUCCGCGCUCGGCUCACUUGUCAUCAGUCAGGAAAGCAGAAUUGGUCGGUAAGCCCGGGUCUUUGGAGGCAAUUCACAGGUUCUUCGGAAGAAACCUAGAUAGGGUCCCUGCCUACGCGUUUUACACCGCGUUGCCACAGAUCAUCAGUCGAAUGGGUCACCCGCAUCAACAGGUUUGCAAUUGGCUCUCUGAUAUUAUUGUCAGGGUCAUCUCGUCCUAUCCGCAACAGGCACUUUGGAGCAUCUUGGCAGCUGCUAAGUCCAACCCAUUGGAGAAACCGGCUCAAGCGGCUCAAGCGAACGACAUCUUAAAGCGUCUGAAAGCAGCAAAGCCAGGGAAGCAUCGUGCUGGUGAAUCUCUGAGUCAUUUAAUCGACUCCGGACAAAAACUAACCAUGGCAUUGCUUCGAGUUUGUGAAGCGCCGAUAGACCACAGGCGACCGGUGACUCUUUCCCGCGAUCUUCUUUUCAACCAUUCGAAAUUGGCUCCCUGCGGGCUUGUAGUCCCUGUUGAAGCUACUUUGAUGCCAACACUACCUGUGUCUUCCGGUUCCAAGGCGCUUAGAUCUCAUGAGCCAUUCCCCCGGAACGCGAUCACGAUCGAAUCUUUCGAGGAGUCGGUGCUGGUAUUGUCCUCAUUGCAGCGGCCGAAAAAGAUAACCGUUCGUGGAUCGGACGGGAAGCCAUAUGGGCUCCUGUGCAAGCCGAAGGACGACCUUCGGAAGGACCAAAGACUAAUGGAGUUCAACGACAUGAUCAAUCGGACAUUUAAGAAGGACACGGAAGGUAGCAAGCGCCGUCUCUACAUCAAGACUUAUGCAGUCACCCCGCUCAACGAACAAUGCGGAGUCCUGGAAUGGGUGGAAGGUUUACAACCGAUCCGGGACUUUUUGCUAGACAAGUACAAGCAAAUCGGCAUGCGGGUGAACCACGACUGGAUCAAUCACCAGUUUAAACAGGCAUGCCAAGGCCCGGAGCACACGCACUACUUCACGCAGAAGGUGCUCGGACAUUUCCCCCCGAUGCUGCACGAGUGGUUCGUCGAGCAGUUCCCGGAGCCCGGUUCCUGGUUCACGGCGCGGUUGCGGUUCACACGUACCUGCGCUGUCAUGUCCAUGGUCGGCCACGUCCUCGGGCUCGGGGAUCGCCAUACCGAGAACAUUCUUCUGGAAGAAGGAUCGGGCGGGGUCCUUCACGUGGAUUUCAACUGCUUGUUCGACAAAGGGCUGGGGCUCGAGACGCCCGAAACGGUGCCGUUCCGACUCACGCACAAUUUCAUCGACGCGUUCGGCCCGUAUGGGGUGGAGGGGCCGUUCCGCACGGCCGCCGAGAUUACGAUGCGGCUGCUCCGAGCGAACGAGGACACGCUGAUGACGACGCUGGAGACAUUCUUGUACGAUCCCACGGUCGAUUUCCGGCCGAAUGUGAAGAAGAAGGUGGUGGAGGGGAUGCCCACGACACCCGAGGAGAUUAUGGAGAGCGUCGGGACGAAGGUGCAGGGGUUAUUCCGGGGCGAAGCGGUGCCGUUGGGCGUCGAGGGAUACGUGGACGCCGUGAUCAAUAUGGCGAGGGAUCCUGAAAACUUGAAACGGAUGUAUGUUGGCUGGAGUCCGUAUUUAUAG